AUGACCGACUGGGAUGUUACUCUGCCUGCUUCCUGGUAUACCAGCUCAGGAGCCGUAACGAAGUUUUCCGAAACCAAUGUCAACUAUGAGCACGAGCUGGCUCAGAUCGACAUCAUCGUCCGUCGUGAGACUGAAGAUUGGAGGAGCAUUACAAUUACCAAGAAAGACGAUGGUACCAUUAUGCGAUCGCACCUAACGCCCAAUGGUCUUCUUUUCUUGACACUGUCCGACGAGACCUGCUCCUUUGAAGACUUCUUCCCCGGCUUUGAGGAAUCAACCGCACACGCUGACUUCACUGAACUUCCGCUAAGACGUCCCCUCACCUACACUUCUCAGAAUAAUUGGAAAGCUACAGUCGAUGCUUAUCAAGAGUGCCUCCAUUGUGCCUACGCGCACCCCGAGUUUGCAAAGACGUUCAAGCCCGCGGGCUACAAAGUCAUCAACAAACACAACUACUCACAGCAUAUUGCUACCGCCACUGGUGCCGACGAUGGCUUAUUCUUCUUCCUUUUCCCGAAUUGUUCCUUGAGCUUGUACGCUGGGGGUUUGACAUGCUGGCGCAUUAAUCCAUCUGAGAUACCCGGACAAGCCCGCAUGGAGUUUGACUACUAUCACAAGGCCCCUGCUGGUAGUAAUGAGUUUGAAAAGUGGUAUGGCUUUACGCGAAACGUUGCGGUUGAAGAUAUCGAGCUUUGUGAGAAAACGCAAGCAAAUCUUAAUAUUGGCAUUUACUCGGAGGGUCUGCUAAAUCCACUAAAGGAAAAUGGCGUUAUCUAUUUCCAUAACCGUAUCCUUGAGUUGUGCUCAGCUCAGAUCGAGGAAGAAGAGGCCACUCGGUCUGCAGGUGGCAGUGCAGGAAUGUCAUCGAGAGAACACCAACUGCCCUUAUCAAAGCAUCUGACCAGUUACUAA